UUUUCCGUAUGAUCCCAUUAGUGGCGGAAGGAAGCAAAGAGCAAACAUUAGGUGGUGGCGGAGGAGACCAGUUUCGAGAGAAGCGGAAGCCAUGGAGGCAGGGGAUGGAACUGAUGUUAAAGUUGAAAUCCGCUUGUCUUCAUUUUGUUUGUCCAAAUGCAGUUGGAAGCUGAUUUUCCAGUUUUUAAAAAGGAAACGAAAAGACAAUCGAUUAAAUUACUACAUCUUCAUUGGGGAACUACGACCUCCAAUUCAGUUCUUCUUCUUACAUCUGGAUUCGAUGUGACACUGAACUUUAAUCCUUCUCCCACGCUCUUAUCCACUUCAUUUUCAUUGCAAGCCAAAAGGAGGAAAAGAAGCUGGGUAGAAUAAGCGCAAAGAAGAGGAAAGAUUAGAUAGCAAAUGGAAAGGCAAGUGAAUGAAACAAAAAUGGAAAACGCAACCAGAGCCAAUCAAUAUGAAGCCAGAUUCUUGGUAUGGUUAUGCAUAUGGUUCACAGACAAGGUGUUUGAUGAAAUGCUUCAGAGAAAUAGAUGCAGCUGUGAUUUAGGUGAAAACUCUUCUCAAAUUCCUUCAAACAUUGGGAUGAUGCAGAACAGCUUUCAGGCCCUCCAUCAUUUCAAUGGAUUUUUAGGCAACCUUCCGAUGUUUCAUGUUCCUCAUCCCGGCCACGAAUUCCUUGCACAAUCCUCAAGUCUUAGCUACAACUCAACAUCUGAUGAUGCAGAGGAACAACAGAAGAGUAUUAUUGAUGAGAGAAAGCAGAGAAGAAUGAUUUCUAAUAGAGAAUCAGCUCGUAGAUCACGGAUGAGAAAACAGAAGCACCUUGAUGAGCUUUGGUCUCAGGUUCUUCGGCUUCGCACCGAGAACCAUGAACUGAUAGACAAAUUGAACCAUGUAUCCGAUAGCCAUGAAAAGGUUCUUUUGGAGAAUGCCAGGCUCAAGGAAGAAGCUUCUGAUCUUCGUCAGAUGCUCAGUAACUUGCAAAUUGGCAGUCCUUAUAAUCCUUGCUUGAGUAACCUUGAAGAUAUUCCCUGCAACACUGCACAUCUGAGAGCUGAAUCUUCAUCAUGCCAGUCCAUUGCUAACUCUAUAGACAACCUACUCCAUUGAGGAUAAAUCUUUGAACUCUGAUAAGAACUUCUAGUUCUUUUUAUCUAGUUUUGUUAUUAAUCCUCAGUCUUUGAAUUGAGCUUGUAAGAGAUCAGUAGUAGAAUAAGAUUAUUUCAAGUUUCUACCA